GUCGUUCAGUGAGUGUACACCGAUAAAGGAAUGCGGACGACACCAUCAGCGAAACCUCAUCAGGCGAUAGCUUUGGUGCGGUAGUUGAGUGUGGUGACCAUCAUCAGUCAGCCAGCCAGUGAAUCAGUUUUUUUCCUUGUGCAAUUUGUUGGUUCCGUUUCCUUCCGGAAUAUCCUACUUCCAGCGUGUGUUACAAUUACUGCUAACUGUGUGCAAAAUCGUCCUUACGUGAAAUUUGAAAAUCAUUGCCUGGUGUGUGAUAGCUGCGAAUCGAAAACUUGAACUGGUCGGAAAGGCAGAAAAGUGUGGCUUUUUUGAAAAUUUCUACUGUUGGAAAACUUCGCUGAACCGUGAAACGCCAGCCACUGCAGAUGGACUCGUUUGAAAAUUUCCGUGCGAAGUGACCAAUCGAAUUGAAAGCUAGACUCAGCGUUGGGAAUAUAUGAUAGUUUCUCAAAUUUGUGGUACUAUCAGUUCUUGCGACGAAAAAAAAUCUUCGCAGUGGGAUUGGUUUUCCUUUUUCCUAGGGAUUCUGCUAGUGCUGCUGCUCCUGCUGCUUCUUCUUCGUCGUCGUGACAGAAGUGUGCUCUCGGUAUUAUCCCUCCGCUGCUGGUGCUGGCACUUGCUGCUCUCUUUCUCACUCUCGGUGUGUUUAUAAUAAAUUCGUUGCUGAUUUUGUCGUCUGGUGGCGCUGUCACUGACUGACUGGAUGGCCUGGUGCGUGUGUGAAAAUGUAGGCUAUUCAGAGCUCCAUAAAAUCUGGCUCCAAAGCAAAGAAAAGCGCUCUUAGGCCAGUGCUAAUCGUUGUUUGAGUGUGGAACCGCGAAUGUAUGUGUAAUGAUGGCCUACUCCUGUUGGAUCGGUGGUAACUCAGCCGUUUCGAGGACCGCGAAUUAGUAGCAGUGAAAGAACUGCCAGAACUGAGCACGAGUGACGGAUCAAAUCGACGGAGACAGGUGGAACAACAACAACCGAAAAGAAAAGUGCUGGUAGUUCGUCAGUUAGUUCGUGUUGGUGGCGAGUGUUUAAACAGAUUUUUCCCCAAAGUACCAGCAAGGGUCAGUUGGGAACAAGAGAGAGAGAGAGAGAGAGAGAGAGAGAGAGAGAGGAAGAGAAAAAGAAAAAGAAGAGAGAAAAAGUGAGUUCCCAGUUUCCCAUGAGUGGAUUUUUGUUUUUUCAAGGGAUGAAAAGAGCCUUCUGGAGCGAGUAGUUUGCAGUGAAGUAGCGCUUUAAUCAGUGACCUCGUAGUACGCAUGAGUUGUGAUAUCGAUUGAUUGCGCACGCAAACCCUUUGCUCUCGCCGCGCCAUCUAUCUGUACUGUAAUGCCGUUUUGGGGCCACCAUCGAGAAGCAGGGAUCGGCAUCCUGCAGCGCGUAGCGUAACCGCGGAUGAGCGAAAAGUUUGACGGACCGUUAUCAGUAGCCGUCCCAGAAUCGCGGUUCACGUCCUAUCCGAAGGAAUUCCGACCAGUUGUUGGGCCUUUUCGGUCGCGAGUGGUGUGUGAAAAACCUAGUACAACUGUGUGCGAUCAAGAUGGCCGCAAGUGUUCCACGGUCAGUGUUGAGAAACAGUGUUACAACCAGCAGCAUACCGUGUUCCGUUGCAGCAGUGCAGCGAUACCACUAAGAAGCAUACGCAAGGACGUUAGAAAACUGAGAUGAUGGGGCCAUGAGCCCGAGCCCCGAGGUCAUCAAGAGUCGCAAGUGCGUCUCAAGCGGGCCUGCACCAUGCUAGCGCCGCCGAACCCGAGGUCAAUAUGCGGCCAGGACCCGGGCUGGUCGUGAUGGCGCUUGCGUUUAUUUCGGGGGCUCGGCGAGGCACCAGUCAACAGAGCAGUGCCAGUCAAGGUAGCAAGUUGGGCAAAUUUGAGGAAGACAAUACGGAAGCUCUAUCACGGAUAAAUCCGUGGUUGUCAGCGUGCGAUCUGGCGCAACCCAACUCAGCACCGGAUCUCCAGGGUCAAUGUUCAGCCGGUACACUGCCUGUGGCCUGGAUAGACGAAGGUCCUGGUCCACCGCGGUGUCCACCGCCAUGCAAGGCUAAGUCUAAUAAUAAAAAUAGUAAUUAUAAGCCAAACAAUAUUGAUAAUACUAAAUAUAACAUGGAGAACCGGUUACAUGAUAAACAACAGUGCCUUGACUAUUUGGGCGAUAAUGAAGAGUUAAGUCCAGCACAAAUUUGUAAAAAAUCGUCACAAAGUAUUGAGACCAAGUUGAAAACGUUACGUUUAAGACAUUGUUGUGAACGUACUGUUGGCAGCGCGCUGCACAACGCGGCCUACGCCGGAGUGCUGCGCGGUGGUUCAGAAUGUGUUAGGAUGCUGAGUGACCUGCUGGAAACGGAUGCACUGGCCGCCCGGAUCACCUGCGAGUUCACCGAGGUGCUGGUGCGGUACGACUGCGGCCAGCCGUUCUCGAUCAUUCACCACUGCGAGGACUGCAAGGAGGCAUAUCGGCGGUGGGGCUGCAGUAUGCUUCUACCGUUGUUUACGACCAGUGGCGAUGUGGCCAGCGUAGAGGCCACGAACAACAACCCCCGAAGUGAGGCAGGUGUCGGCAGCAGCGGCAGCGGCAACAGCAGCAUCAUAAACAACAAAAGUGUUAACAAUAAAACCGGAAUCGACGGUGACCGGGCGUCCCGUGGUAACUCGAAUGCCAACUACCGCGGGAACGUCUCGAACAAGCAGACUGAACCGAAUUUGAACGAUGCGAAUAAGCAGCAACUAUUAAAAAAUAUAUCAAUCACUGUGAAAAGUUCACGUCGAAAAACGCAACGAGUACGAAUACGACCGUGUCUAGACGUAUGUCAAACUGUGGAGCAAAAAUGUCCCUACAUGCUGCCGGGUGAUCGAGCUCCGGCCUAUCCUACGCAGUAUGCCGGUGAGCCGACCUUUCUGUGUCGAGAUCUCAAUAUUGAAGAAACGGGUGAGCAGCGGCAGAAGUCCAACAGUGGCCCGAUUAACUGCUGUUACGACUAUUGCGGACUGAGUCCUCGUGCCGGCAUCUGUACGAAGUGUGAUCCUUUGCUGGACGACAACGAAGAGGACUACGAGGACGGCAUUAGUGACGAUGAUGCUACGUCCAAUGGAAAACUAAACGAGAAGCUGGCUGUUGCGAACAACACGAACUCUACCACAAACGCCAUCAUUAUCAGCAGCAGCAGCAGCAGCAGUAGCGAUAGUAGAAGUAGUAGUACUAGUACGAGAAGUAAUUUCUUAGCGGAACUAAGAUUCCAAAGCGAGCUGCCGCCCCGAUUAGCCACGUGUCCGAGUAUAACAAGCGCAACAACCCCGUCAACACAAUCGGAGCAUUGCAAAUCAGCGCAGCAGCAGCAGCUUCUCCAACAACAACAACAGCAAUUGACCGCCGUCUCAACCACCAGUAAAACUACUGCUGCUGUCACCCUUUCGGUGGUAACGCCGACGCCGACGCCUUCGGUGGCGCCCACGUCAUCAUCAGCCUCAUCGCUAGCAUCGUCGUCGUUAUUUAUUAAAUUAACUAGUAUAAAGUCGAUUUAUAGCACUUACUUUAAUAACUCAUGGACGAUGAGACUACGGUGUCUAGACGAAUUUGUUGCAUGGACAAAGAUCCUGCUGCAGCUGGCCGGGUUAUAGUUAAAGUGAUAUCAUGGGCGCUAACGACGCUAAGUCCACAGGCACUCACCCCCAUGCGCACGCGGUUGGCCGAAAAUUGACCGCGAGUCGAACGAAGUGAAACCAAAAUUUAAUAGCAAACCGAAAAAAAAAACAAACAAACAAAUUCAAGAGCUCGAGGUUCGCAUCAAUGUAACGAAUGAAAGGAAAACACAGCGCCAUAUUCGUGAAAGCGACCAGGUUCGCAACUGUGUAGCAUACAUAAGAAAAUAAACAACAAAUGAUUAACAGAACAAAGCACAAAGUUUUGCGCGCUCCGGCGGGAACCGCGAGGAAAACCCCGAAGCAGGCUGAGAAGAGGAAACACGAUAAUAAUAGCCGGGAAAAACAAGGAUUUUGGGGCAUUUGAAUUGGAAAACAAUUCGAAUAAGUGCGGUGCAUUUUCGCUGCAUAGUAAACAAAUUGUGAGAGCGCAUUUCCAACCGCGAGGUGGUCGGUGGAGGGGAUGAAUUUUAGCGUUGGUGGGGUGUGGGAGUUUCCAGGGGUUGGGGGUGAAAAUGAAAGAAAGUGCGAUCGCACUCUGGACAGGCUAUGCAUUUCGUGUUUGGUGCGCUAAACAGACGGGUUUUUACCCACGUGGGAAGGGACGAGAUCGAACGGCACGUUAAAAUUAUUAUAAUAAUAAUAUGAACAGUUUUAGGUGACACAUGAAGAAAUUUCUAAUUGUUAAGCAAAGUGAGAAAACUAAUAGACGUAAACGAAAGCUAACAGUAGAAGAGGAUAAGAAAUGAAAAGGUUCAACAAAAAUGUUUUUACAAGAUUAAACAACACACGUGUAAGCAAGCAAAUAUUUUUCGAGUUCGAUUUAUUUUUGCGUUGUUAAGUUUUGACUUUUUUCGAGCGUUUUAGUGGAAUGCCGAAGAAGCAGAGUAUGGGGCGAUGGAAAGCGAAUGUUUCGUUCGAGUUUUUCAGUGAUUCUCGGAAGCAACGGUGUUAUCGCAGGAUCGCAGGAACUGGGAAACAUGUUUUUAGUCGCUGAUAUUAUAAUUAGUCCGUCAAUUUAUACAACAAUCGUUGUAGUUGAACUGGUUUUACCCGAUGGAGGCAGGUGAAACAACGCGAAUCCGGAGUUAAAACGACACAUCGCAGACCCUGGUGGUCCCGACUGAACCACCCUUUCGCUCCGGAUCGGAGCACGAAUCAGGAGGACGCAUAGGAAAACGUUCACCUGAACCCUCUAUCCAGUUAACUGUGAAAGCUAAAUGCACUAGUGGGAAUUAGAAGCUAGCAGUUUCUCAACUUUUAUACUCGUUGUUGAAAAACAUGUCGAAAAUUGUUUUUUCCUCGCGAGAAAACACACAGACACACCCAUACACAAACACACAACUACUACGUGUGCGAGCACAAAUCGCUGUGCCGAGGACAGUAACGCUAGAAACUAUCGUAAAUUGUAACCUUAGAACGAAACAAGUGAAAUUACAACCGCUAAUCGGCCAUCUUGUUUGAAACCAAAAAAAAACAAACAAACAAACAUUGUAGCCCUCUAAAAUUUAUCGCACAGUCCUGCGAAUGAUCUGGAAGGCCGGCGGUAGGCCUUCCCCUCGCGCUCAAUGCAGGCACUGCAUGGCAAACAGCGUACACACUGACACAAAUAUACACAUACAGAGAAGAUGCGCGCGCGUAAAAACAGGACCAGCUAGCAGUGAGCGAAUAAAAAAAACACGGCCCGAAGGAAUCCAAACAGCAACAACAAAAAAACAAAACAAUUUGAAGCCACCAGCGAUGGCCAAACCCCAAGGAUAAAACCUAAAAAUAAUAAUAAAACAAAAUUGUUAACGUUCGAAAGCCAUAUUUUUAGCAUUUAAAUAGUAAUUAAAACAAAUGAAAUUAUAAUCAAUAUUUGUUACAUAAAUGUGAGAUUUAAUGACGGGCAAACCCAGACAGAAAAAUAAAUAAUUAAAUUAAUGGACUACUGGGAAAGCAAAAAAAAAAAGAAGAAGGAAAUUAAUAGCCUAGAGAUACAAUAAAUGAAACCCAAAACACUAGAGCAUCCAAUCCGUUUACCGCAGAGUUGAGUGGGCGAUCGUACAGAACACAGUAACUUACAGAAGAAGCAAAACCAAACAAAACAAAAACAAAAAUCUAGUGACGUCAUCAAGUUGUAAUGUUAAUCGUGUAGGUCAGUCAAGUGGUAAACCAAAACAAAAGAAAACAAAACAAAAAAAAUUGUAAAAAAAACACAAUUGAAACAAGUACUAGAGCCGGAUAAACGUCGAGCAGAGAAAACCCACCCAAAGUUUUUUCGACUUUUCGUUUGCGAUUUUCGAAGGAGCGGUGUAAGGUGUUGUUGAUUUAUUUGUACUGAUUAUUACCAGAUAUAUUUUCGAGAAUUUAUUUUUAUAUAGUGAAAGCAAAUGGUAAAAUUAGAAGAAAAAAAACAAUUCCGACGUUUUGACAUUAGCAGAACAGCCACGGCCGGCGAGGGCUGUUGAGUAGAGAAAAAAAGAGUGUAAUAAAUACGUUAAGCUAAGAAUUAUUAGUGAAAAAGAAAAAUCGAGGAAAAAAGAAAAUACAUCCUGUGAACAAAACAACCUAGAGUGUAUAGAUUGAAAUUUGUACUAAUUUAUAUAGGAGUAAACAAUGAAAAAAAACAGAAUACAAACAAAACAGCACUCUCUCUCGCACACAGCAACAGAAGCAGAAGAAGAGCUCGUUAACCGAAGCGCUAUGUUUGUACAGUAGAAGUUAUAAAAAAAAAUCACGACGGCAAUUUGUUUCGAAGCAUUUAGACACGGUGCGACGGAGAAAACAGAAAACCUAUUGUUGCAGAAAAAAAACGACCUCCGAAGAAACAGUUCAGUUCCAAAGCCCCCAAUUUCUGGAACACGUCUGAUUUUCCUACGUUAGAAUUAUGAAACAAAAAUCAUACACUCACAACCACAAGAAUACUUCCACUCGAAACUACUACAUACUACUUAGAACUAACACUAACAAUGGAAGAAAUUCACGAAAGACGUACUUCCUGCGUGAAGAUAAGAAACCAAAAAAAAAAAACAAAUAAUAAUAAUUGAUUCCAAUUAUCUAUUAGAAAGCGAUAAAAAUUACAACCCCCCUGCGGAGGAGUUAUGUAAACAUAGAAGAAAACACGAAAAAAGAAAUCAAAUCUACUACGUAUAGGCAAGUAUAUCUCUAUCUAAGAACACACUAUUACUUAUCACUAUCUCGAAUGUGGAAAUGAUGAACGUGGAUUGCGGUCAGCUAGUGGCCGCCUGCCCCAAAAGAAUGAUGUUGACUUUCUGCUACUUUGCCCGAAAUGCAACCAAAUACAAACAAACAAACAAACAAACAAUGAAAACUCGAAAACCAGCACAAAUCUUUUCGCUUCUUGUACUAGAACAACAAUAUACGAAACAGAAACAACAAACAACAACAAAAUAGCACAUACAUCAGUCACUCACUCGUUUUUUGCACUCGGAGCGGAUCUGAUUUUAUCGUUUCUGCUAUUUUUCUACUAUUCAGCUUAACAGACCUGUGGUGGAAGGGAAAAGAUGUCGUGAGUUAGCGAACACGCAAAAAAAAGCAAAUACAUGCAAUAUGUUUUUAUUAUUACCAUAACAACUAGCAAACAAAUAAAUCAAACCGUAAAGACACAAAGAUUCCAUUACAUAAACUAACGCGAGAGAGUCCCAAUCCAAAAGAGAAAACGAAAUAAAAUAUUCAACAAGAUCGCAAAAACAAAAAAUAAACAAUUGAACAAAUUCGCGAAACCAGCUUUACAGGGGAUUUAUGGAAAAGAUGGAAUGAAAAAUCGAAAAACCGAUCUUGUUCAUAGGUGUUGAUAGGCAGAUUUUCAAAAAGAGUUAAAAUCAACCAAAACCAAUCGAAUGACAUGCGACAAAUCAAAAGCUCAGUGACACUAGCAAACAUUUAUUAUAGUGCUUCGCGGCUUUCUCCCCUUUCGAUAUUGAAAUUAAGCACCUUGCGUCACCAUUAGAGAUGGGCAAUUCGCUCCUGAGCUGUUCCAGUGAAUCGAAUCAUUGAAGUGAGCUGACAGCUCACAGCUCUUUUCAAAGGAACCGCAGCUCACCAGCUCACUCAUUUGCUACCCAGUUCACUGCAUUAUGACGCAGGAACACGCUACGAGCUGAUCGGAUCUUCGGCUCUUUAAGAGAUUCAAUUUAGUCGACAUCAAUUAAAGAUAAAUUAUUUCGCAUGGCAUUCAUUGCAUCAUUGCAAAUCAAUGAUUCAAUUUCGAUCAUGCAUUUGAAAAAAAACGGUGCAUAAGAAACACGGCGCACAAAAUGAACCUUAAGUUCAAAAUAAAAGAGCUGAUGAGCUGAUACAUCGAAUCGAUUCACUUUGGUGAGCUGAUCGGUUCGGAGCUGUUCACCAAAAUGAGCUGUUUUGCACGCCUCUAGUCACCAUGUUAAUGGUGUUUAUCACCAGAGAUGCCAUUUAUACAGAUUUAUCUGUAUUAUACAGAUUUUUACAUACGCAUACAGAGUACAGAUUUCAUAAAUUUAAUACGAAUCUCCCAAGAAGCAAAAUUAAAAAUUUUUACGUAUGAGUAAUAUACACUCUCAUUAAACAUAACUCAAAAUUGAGUGACACACCACUCAAAUUCAUUAAAAAGUGCACGUACGCUGAACUUGAGUUACCAUCUAUCUACUUAUUUUUGAGUAAGCGACGAGGCUGUCAAAAUUUGAGUAUAUUUUACUUAAAAUAAGGAAUAAAUAUUUUAUUCACAAUACAAGUGAAUUUAACUAAAAAUUUUAGUUUUUUGCUCUCAAAAUAAAUAAAUUCUUUUUCAUUAAUGUUUAUAUAAAAGGAUUCCCUGAUUAAAAUCAUUCCUAUUUCUUUUAAAUAGGAAGGGCAAAAAAGUGAUUGAAAACCGUUCAAUUUGACCGUAUUGGAAUUAAUAUUGAACGAUUUUGAUAUCCUUAUGUAGGAUCUCUCACUUAGCAUAAUUGAAACCACAAAAUUACUAUUGAACAUAUCUAUGAUUGAUGAUUCAUGAUUUCAAAGGCCGGAUCUAGAAACGGUAUUAAAAAACGACGUAUUCUUGCAUUCUUAAAUUCAAUAAAAAGAUUCCGAGGAUGAAAACGCACUUAACUGCUAUAAGUAUUUUAUCCACUCAAAUGUUUGAAAACUGAACGCUUACCGCUUAAUGUAUGAAUAAAUGCGAGAGAACUCAUGGCCUUAGUAAAUUUUACUCAAAUUCAUACUCAAAUUUUGACAUAGUGUUCCAGUUUAUGAAUUUGAGUAAACGCAACUCAAACCAUGAGUUAUGUUCAAAGAGCCUGUAUUAGUAUUUGAUUGCAGUGACGAGAAGCAAAGUCUUGGUCUCAUUGAAUCUACCGUUCUACAGCCAUAAUGUGUUGGAAUAACAUCUUUUAAUAUCAUUUUAUUGUUGAAAUUAAAUUUUGUUAGUGAAUACAGAUAAAUACAGAUUUUUUAUAGAGAGUAAUACAGAUUUCCUAUGAAAAUAUCUGGCAUCUCUGUUCAUCAUCUUCCGCAGAUAUGACAGCUGAUUUGCCAAUCCAUAGCAUCUAGGUUAUAUUUUCGUGUUGAAUGUCGAUACUUUGCAUUAACACUGUAGGCUUUGUAUUUUAGUAACGCUUUUCGUUUGUGAUCUUUCAAGUGGUGUUAGCGAAUCAGAUUUGAUUUGACUGUUAUUGAAGCCCAAGGAAAACCUAGCCAAGAAAAGGAUUAUCAUAUUAAAUUGAGAAAACGGAAACUUACAAAAUAAUCAGAUCUCUGAGACAGCAGCUGUGCUUGCAACCUUAUUGAGGCAUGGAGAGAUCUUAAACAACUCUACAUGUGGUGAAACACAAUCCAGAUGUCAACCCGUCAGAACGAAGCUCCGUUCAUGAUCUAGUAUCAAUUCAAUUUCCCUGCCCUCGAUAGGAUAAGGAAGGGACUUAUUAGAAGUAGUAUCCAUUAGAAGCAUUCCUAGUUUUGGUCAUAUUCACUAACUUAACCAAAUGAUAUAUGUUUUGUUUUGAUAAUAAGAGAUUAGGGUCUAAUGAUGAAAUCUGCUUAAGAUAUAUCGAGAUAAAAAAAAAAACGCAAUUUAAUCGACACUUUCAUAAUUCGAACUUGAAGCAUCCAAUUUCGUAGUAUAUUUUGAGAACUGUAAUUUUGUUCGGGAUACGAUAGCCCCAGAAUCUAUUUUUAAAAAGGAAAAUAUUUUUCUUGUUUUUCCUUCACAAACUAUACGUUUUCACAUCGGUCAAAGAUUAUAUAUAGAAAAGCUAUAUUUUUUUGCAGUCUAGCUUUGAUAAAAAAAAAAUAAAACUAUUUAUGGCUUUUACUAUUAACUACCGUUCUAAAUCACUUAUCAAAUCUCAAAUUCUCACUAAUCAAUUCUGUUACUGCUGCUCAAUUUUAUCUGGUUCUGCAGAUAAAAUUUAGCGUCCUGAAUAAACAACAGAUUCCAAUAUAAUGCUCGAAUCGAAGUAAUUGGAAUGGCUUUCACCACAACAAAGUUGAAACGUAAGAUAGAAAUCCAAAUCAGAAUCAAAGGUUAGCUCUCGCACUGGUGUCUAUUCUAUGUUAAAUGAGCCAUGCCGGGUUUUUGUUGUUGCGAUGAUAUCCGUCUCUCUUUGAUGGCACUGAUUUAAUUGUGUGCAGAGUUGCUGGUGAGCGUUCUUUGAUACGAUAAAAGCCAUCCUUGGCUACAGUUACAUCGUACAUAUUACACUUGGAAGGAUUUCCUUGGAUGUGAAUUCUGAGGAGCUUUUACCAAACAUAAUAUGUAUUUUAUUAUGUAGUUUUGUUAUUUGUACAUACGAAUGUAUUUGCUUGUACUCAACUUCAAACGAUUCCUAAAGUGAAGAGAUUCUUUUCUAGACGUUAUCUAGUCAAACUAAUGACAUUAUGAAAUUAUAAACAGGAUCUAAGAGCCAAUUCAGUAAGUCUAUAUGGAAAAUCUAUAAGAGCAAAUUAAGCAGCUAGAAGUUCUAUAUGCAAGAUCUAUAAUAGAGCAGAAACUGUAACAAACGUAUCCCCACCAAGCCGUUCUAGUUUUACUUAUUCGACAAGUUCUUCUGUCAAAUUUAAAACUGGUCUACGAUGCCGUUCUAUUUUUUGUAUAUUGGAAACACGAGUAAAACACUGCUGGGACUGCCAGUUUCUCUUGUCAUAAAAUUCUGAUUUAAAUUUUGUAACUCACAUAAAUUAUGCAUCUAGAACAAGAACACUUCUGAAUAUGCCCUAAGGUGAUCUGAUUUUUUUUUCAUCAGAGUUGCUGACGGUGUACCGCAUAUUGCAAAAUGCGGCACUAUUCCGUAUUAUAAUUUGUAUUUGUUUUAGGCACGUGCCACUUAAGCCAAUUUGUUAUGGCAAUCUAUUCGCCAUUCUAUUCUUGCGCUUUUUGAGAUGCCGUUGAUAUUUGAUAGCUCUACUGUUUCACUACGUAUCAAAGUAGAACCCAUCGCAAAACCAUUCACUUAUUCAUAAAUCAAUUACAAGAAAAGCAAUCGAAAUGGAAAACUGACCCGACUUCCACUGAGCAUAGAAUCAUUACAUAAUUACAAUCAUGCAGACUUGUUCUAUUACAUUGUCUGCAAACCGAACAAAAGUUAAUUUUGAAACAAAUUUUUCGGGAGCACGCCUGCUUCGAUUCACUUCGGAAAUUUGUUUCGAUAGUGCAAUCAGCUUCCAAAGCCGGACUUUUGACACAGUUUCUUAGCCAAACUCUUUUUUACACACACAUGGUUGCCGAAAAAAGUUGAGAGAAUCAACGAAAAUACAGUUUUUCUUGAAUAGCUGCAAAGCUGGUAACCCUGCUUAUUAAUUAUAAAGACGAGUAAAAAAGAAGCAAAGAAAAAAUAGAACCACAUGAUUGUUUAGUCGUUUAUAGACGUCGAAGUUCUGUUAGUACAGAGCAGUUGCAGUUAUGACACUUUUGAUUCAGCUCGCUUUCAUACCGGGUAGUUCGAUUUGGUGUAAAAUGUUCAGUAAUAAGCGGAAAAAAGUACCACGCGAAGAAUUAGUCGAAAGGAUUUGAAGUUUGAGAUCUAAUAUACACUGAUAAAAAUCGAUCGAUUCAUAUGUAAACAGCACUUUAAUUUAAUAUGCUUUUUCGUUUCAAUGCACAACCAAAGCGAUUUGUUUUAAGAUUUCAUGGGCAAAUUCACUAAGAUGCGAGGUUAGAUUAUUUUUCACUUAGUUUUUAAUUUUUUUUCCUUUGGAUGUAAUGUGUUUUGGUAUUGUAUCGAACUACACGUGUUAAACACUUCAUUUUCUAGUGGAAAUGAGUAUAGCACAAAUGUAUGUGCAAAACACUUGAUUCGGUCAACUGUUUUUCAAUUGAGAGCUAUGUGGAAAACAAUGUCACAUUCAUUUGAAAUUCAUGUAGAAUCUAGAGGUAACGAUAUACAGUCUGUUACAUAAGAGCGUGGUCACGAUUACUCGCGAUCGGCAAAGUGGAAUGGUGAGAUAUUAUUUUAAAUACAGAGGGCAGUAGUGUCCUUGAUGCAAUGCAAGAAUAAAUCAGCUGACUAUUAUUUACAAUUCGAUUUCAACAUUCUUCCAAAAUGAGUUCCACGUACGCUACGCGCUUCGAAGCCGAAAGGUCCCAAAAUGACCCAAACUGCCGCGGCGAAAUACUUGAAAAAGUCGAAACUGUUUGUGAGUAAGUGAUUUUAAAGAGGUGAAAAAUGUCGACAACUUUCCAAAUCGCGCACUGUCAGUGUAUUGUCGGAAAAAGACGAAAAAGUGAUUUACGCGAAGGUGCUUCAAAAUUGACCAAAAAUGGUUUAAAUAUAACGUACGGAACUGUUCGCAGACAUUUGAUCGCAAAUAAUUUGAAAAUUUGAAGUACUUUUGCAAAAACCGAUGUUGAGUGAAAAACAUAUGUAAAAACUGAAUGGGCAAAAGAGCACAAUGGUGUCGUGAUCUUGGGUUGACCUUAUCAGUCGCCCGAUGCCAAUCCAAUUGAGAACGUUUGGGCUCAAAUGAAACUAAAGCUAGGGAAAAACCGAUCACACACUUUAAAACAGCUUGUUCGUCGAAUUCACAAAUUUGGAGGUCGUUUUAAAAAGAAUACGCGCAAAAUCUCGCUCAAAGUAUACCUCGAAGGUGUCAAGUUUUUGAUCUAAAAAACAAGUUUUUGAUCUAACAAAAUAAUAUUCAAAUGUACUUUCAUGUUGAGUCUUUUCAUUUUCUCACAACAGUGACCACGCUCUUAUGUAACGGACUGUAUCUUACCGUUAUGAUGUGCAUUUCAGAUAAAUGUAGCAUGAUUUCCACUAAAUAUCAAUAGUUUUUAAACUCAUUUUAUGAGUUAAAAGUUUCAUGAAUUUCAUGUUUUCUACAAGUAGUGAUAGUUCAAAUACUUUGCACAUGAUGCGCGUGUUGACACUUCCCCAGACGAAUGCACUCUGACAGUGCCCUUAGGUUACAAUCAGAGUGUAAGUCACACGAAGCGACAUGCGAGCACUUAGAAAAUAGAUCCACAUAAAAGGAACGUCACGAUUCACUUACAUUCACAAUUCAAAGCAUGUAAAGAUAACUCUUAUCAAUAACUUCACAGUUAAUUGAGCUGAUGCUUACAUCGAUACAGACACAAAAUUUAUUUUUACAUCUUAGUAGGUGUAAUACUGGGUCAUCACCGAAGAAAUUACGGCAUGCUUGAAUUUACGUAAAUUUCAUUUUUUUCUAAAGGUGUAGUUAGAGGAAAAUGGCUCUUGGCUUUUAUAAAAAGUUACCGAUUUUUCACGCAGAAGUUUUAAUGAAGCUAAAAGUCGAUCAUGACAAGAUAUAUCUUUGAAAUUUUGGUAACUAUAGAUUAAUUAUAUCUGAAUAGAAAAAACAAAAAUAAAACAAUUGUGUCGUUAUUACAUGGAAAAAAACAAAAAAAGAAUAAUUCUGCAGGUGACUUAAUCCCUCAUACGAUGUAAUUCAUAAAGAUCUAAUCUGUCAAAUGACUGAAAAUUUCACUUGUAAUGACUUAAUGUUAGACUAGUUUGAAUUUUACUGGUUUCUGUAACUUGAGUUCUGCUAGCAGGUGCGACUGUAUUUGACUGUGGCUCUGUUGAUUACCGGGUUUACUUUGUGAUCAAAUGACUCUCGGUUCAAGUCACGACGGUCGCUUUCAGUAUUCGUUUUUUCUUAUUUCAAUGAAUUUUGUGUCAUGAAAUUAUAGACACAAUGUUCCACGUAAAUUUACGUGAGCUGCGACGCUCCAUUGAUGUGCAUCUAAUAAGAUGUAAAAUUGCAGUUUUUUUUAAAUUUAAGUGUGUAAUCUUUAGUGUUCGUUCCAUAGUAAUUCUCUAAAGCUAUGAAGACGAUUUCAAUUAUGUCACCAACGAACUUCUGUACCAAUCUUUUGUUUAAUUUAAUUCAAUUCUAAUACAGAGGAUAUAUUUGCAAUUAAAUGUGGAACUGUUGAAGUUAUCGUUUCAUGUAUAUGAAGGCAAAAUGACUUAAGAAUUCACAUACAAAAAUUAUAUAUAAGUUAUCAAUUUAAUGAAUAAUAGUGUACAAUUUUCCACUUGGGAAGUAUUUCUUCCACGAAAUGAUUCAAACAUUUUUUAAAUUAAAAACGUGAUUAAUCCACCUAGCAGUGAGAUGAUACCUUUUUUAUCAAUACGCAUGUUUUUUGCAUGGAUAUUCUUAGGUCUUUUAGUUCUCAUGACAUUAUUUCAAUUAUCGUCGUUUUAAACGGCAAAUUGAGAUUUUAAUCACUCAUUUCCCUGUAAUGCCGAAACUGCAAAACAUAUCGAAUUUCAAUCUUAGCGUGUGACAAUCGAUUGAACAUUCCAUGAGAUGUCGAAGUAAGUUCCACUUUAGAGUUUUUCGUCAUUAUUUAUGGUACUUCCAGAGCCGGUAUUCAGGAAUUAGCAUAGCCCAAAAUGAUUCGAAUGGCCAUAAAUUAUUACGCCAAACAAUUUACAUGAAAUUUAUAAACUCAUCAUCUGUAAUUCCAGAAUCGGAUAAAAUUCACCAAUUUUGUAUGGGACCUUAAGUCCUGUAAUAUUUGUUUUUGAAGUUCGAUUUGGUCUUUUUUGAGAAAAUGAUUGAGCUUUGAGAAUCGAUUCGAUACUGGAACCGGAAUUCUAAAAUCGGUGUAGCCGAAAUCAGUUAAAUUCACCUGAGCAGUGUGUAGACAUCUUUGAGAAAUUGUAGUGCGAAUUAAAAUUUGGGGGUACAUUCCGAAUCCAAAAACGAAUACCGCUCAAACUGAAAUAAAUUUAUUUGGUAAUCGACUAUCCAAAUCUGCAAACCCGAUAAACCUGAUUAAUUUAUGUGAAAUGGACAUUUUUAUACUAAUCACCCUGCAUUUUCUAAACCAGAAGUCGGAUCUGACUAAAAAGUAAGAGGUUUUAUAGGAUUUUAAGACCUCUCAUUUGAAUCAUAGAUGAUUCUUAGAUUUCAUUUGAAUCUUAGAUCGGUUCAGCCAUCUACGAGAAAAAUUAAUUGCAUUAUUUUAAUUUCGUUUCACAUAUCAUCCUGUGGUUCCGCAAUCAGAAGUCGGAUCCAAAAGUAAUUCAGGAACCUUGUUUGGGAGUAUACGACUUUUCAUAUGAAUCUGAGUUUGUAGAAAACGGUUAUACGACGACACGACCUGCCACUCGCUAUUUAAAACUGUAUCGCAAAUUUAACUACUCCUCAGUAACUGGUAAUGUCAAAACGACAUUGCUUAAGAAAUUUUUAAAACUGGCAACACAAAUUGAUAGAUUAUUGAUUUUGAAUAAUAGUUAUUGUAACCUUGGUUACUGUAUAUUAUAGACCAAAUGAAUGUAAACAAAACAAAUCCCGAAUCAUUUUUCAUAUGCGAAAUAAAUGAAUGGUAGAAAUCGUUAUCCUAGAUCAUCACCCAAACCGAGCGAAGAGAAUAAAUUACUCACAAUGACGCGUAAGUUAGCGACUGAAAAAGCAAAAGCUUAUCUACUCAAGGAUGAUUUAAUUUAAAACAAAUUAUUGAAAACUGCACUAAAUAGUUUACGGCAGGAUAAAAUAUCUUGAUGGAAAAAUCUCGAGGUUAUUCGAUGAAGAACUGAAUCAAAGAGAAUGAACUAACAGUGGCAUUUUUUUCGGAUGGCAUUUCCAACUUAUGUCAAUUGGCAAUUGUUGUAUAUCUCAUAUAUUUCCAUAUAUUGUAGACAUUAGAAAACACACAAAUAUAUCUUGCAAUUUGGCUUUGUAAUUGUUCUUUUUUCUAAACAAUGAAUUUAAUGUAUUACAAAACAGUUUUCAACUAUCUUCUUAGAGGCUCCACUACCGCCUGAAACAAGGAGAUGUCGACUGGUUAAAAUAUAUUGGAAAGAUUACUGGUGAUAGUAAACCUUUAUUGGGAGCCAUUACAUCUAUUAUUGAACCACUAAUAAUUUUUUAAACUAUUCCAAAAGGCAAAUUGAUUCACCUUUCAAACCUGUUAUGCACGCUUGCACGUAUCUACGUUCUCAAAUUGUUUGUUUAUUUAUUCUUGGACUCCAUAGCAACUUGUUCUUAGUAAAUCGAACAGUGUUGCUCGAGAAGAUUAUUUCGAUCAUUCUCAAGGGGUCACUAUAUUUAUGGUAACUGGCGGUGAAUCGUUAACGGACAAUUUUCAUGUAGAUUUUUAUUCGAAGUGCCUGGUCGUGUCGUCGGUUUAACCAUCUCCGAGAAAAUUGAGUGAAAUUAUUUGUCACACACGCAUUUGCUGAUCUCGACGAACUGAGUCGUAUGGUAUAUGGAAGUCAUGUUCUUCCAGCAUUUAUUGCUGUAAAUAGUUUAAAUCAAUAUAAUUAUGGAAUUACUUCCAACUCGAUAAUGCUGGUAUCAUCUGGUUUACAUAUGCCAUAUUCGAAAGAUUAUGUUGCCAAAAAUGAACCGUGCUAAAAUUGGUCCGAGGCAAAUUGUCAUAAAAAGGAUGCUGUACACAGUCUUUUUGGUACUUAGAAACAAUUAUAUGUAACAGUAUAAAAAAUCGUGUUUCAUGUUGCUCCCAAGCAUUGCUUUUUCAUACAGCGCUCAAAAUUCCUUCUACUGGAAUAAGGCUUACACAAAAAUAUCGAUAUCUCCGUUAAAAAUGGACGGAUUUUAACAAUCUAUGGCUUGUUGGAUAGGUAUUACCGAGCGAAAUCUAAGUCUGGAAACAUAUUCUGUUUUCAAGGUCAAAUGUGACAGAUACUGUCAAAAAACUAAAAAUUUCGACAUAAAACUUCGUAUAACUCAAAAAGUAAACAUCCGAUCUCAAAACCAUUCAAUAGCGUUCUGAGUGACGGGGAGACCUUUCAUUUGCGACUAGUUUGAUCAAAAUCGGUCCAGCCAUCUCUGAGAUCUCGACCUCUUAGUUGACAACACACAUACAGACACACACACAUACACACACACACACACACACACACACACAGAGACAUUUGCUCAGUUCGUCGAGCUGAAUCGAUUGGUAUAUGACAUUCGGCCCUCCGGGCCUCGGAAAAUUUUUCGAAAAUUUGAGUGAAUUCUAUACCUAUUUUUUAUAUAUAUAAAAAAGGUAAAAAGAAGCUUCUUGAGGAUGCAUAUUGACCCGUUAUUGUCACGAAUGUUGACCCGUUUUUUCACGAAUGUUGACCCGUUGUUGAAGAUCAUUCUGCCUCUGUUUUGAUACCCAUGACUUAAAAUGUAUAUUUACAUGUACUUCAAUGUGAAAUUUUUAGGGGUUUUAAAAAGUGAUAUAUUUUAUGUAUUUUUCGAAGCAUAGUGUAUUUGUUUGUAAUCAAAAGAAAUAAUGAUGACUGACGGAAGUCAUGCAUGAAACUUGCACGUUUUAUUUUUUUUAGUUAGGAUAUACAAAUAUUUCCUUGAAGGGUACGUUUUACCCCAUCUUCCCCUACAUUCAAUCAAAACAAAUCUGACAGAGUGAAUGCGAUGUGCUAACAGUACAUCACAUUGGGGACGGGUAUAGCGUGAUGGGUGAGUCGAUGCUUUUCACGCAGCCAACCUGGGUUCGAUUUCCAACCCUCCACAUAGGGUCCGCAAACUUUUCUGGCCGGAAGAGGCGAAUGACCUCAUGGUUAAAACCUCUAUAAUUAAAAAAAAUAACAUAAAUUCUUGUGCCCGAUUUGAACACUUCAAUGAGAAGUUUUUCAAAGGUGUUUCAUAAAUGUACAUAAUUGGUCCCGUGUUGAGUAGUUCGCUGGAUUUUUUGCACACCAAAAAAAUUUAAAUUUUACAGGUGACUUAAUCCCUCAUACGAUGUAAUUCAUAAAGACCUAAUUAGUCAAAUGACGAAAAAUUUCAUUUGUAAUAACUUACUGCAUUAUUAUUUCUAAUAUGGCAAUUUUGCCUCUCCUAUAAAUGUCGGCUUAGGAAACCGAUAUCUAGAACUUAUCUGUUGUUUUUAGAUUGAGUUUAUUUAAACCAGCACAUUACUAUUACUGGAAUCUGGAUUCGAGCUCUGAUUCCAAAAUUGAAUUAAGUUUAAUGUAGAGAACUACGAUAGAAACUAUUCUUGAUUUAUGAUAACACCAUUAGGAGUCGAUUAUAUAAAAAAACGAUCUCGGAAUGAAAAUUUGGAUUUAAAACAAAUAUAAGUUUUCUUUCUGGUUUGCUAAUGUCACCCAUUUACCAUGCAAAAAAUUGUCGUAUGUCAUUCAGGUUUUGUGACAGGUGCCUAUAACAAAUUUCUUAACUUGUAACCUUUCGUCUCUGAAACAUCAGUUCGCUUGCAGUUCCAAAUGUUUUCUAGUGUUUUAUUUAUUGUCGGUUUUGUUUCUGAAUUUUCACCUUUAAAGAUAAAACAAUCGAAAUUUUACAUUUUUCAACAUUUUCGCAAAACAUUUGAAGUGACUAUUCAGUUUGUAGCAAACAAUGCGAACCUUUCAGGAGAAUUCAAUCGGUGAUUAGUUAACUUAUACUUUGCAAGUAGUCUACAACAUUCUUUAUGGCAUCUGUAUGAAUUUCACGUAGUAUUCGGUGAUUCUUAACCUUCUUGUUGUUGCUUCAAAUCAGGUGCUCUACAGUCCUAGUUCACUAAUAGUUUUGGAAAGUGACGACUGCCGGAAGGUUAUCAAAAUCUUACCAUUGUCACAGUAGGUUUUUUCGCUAGUCGAACGAAUCGUAGCCAGAUGCUACUAGUGAUUGAAUUAGUGGAAAAUAUUCCAAAUUCUCAACAUCCACGAACAACCCCGUCACAGCAGAAACGGAAUCGUCAUUGCAAGCAACUUAGAAAAAUCUCUCACACACACAGACUCAUAUACACACACACACACACAAACAGAACAAAUAUAUUAGAUAAUUUAAAGAACAGCAGCAACUUAAAUGUGUUUUAUAGAACAAUGAGAAAAAUAGAUAAAAAUUUUACAUAACAAAAAACAAAAGAAAAACAAUUGCAAAAAACCAAACCAAAAAAAAAAUCGUACCGUAGAUGCAAAAAAGUUAUAAAAAAGGAAAAAAAAAUAAGAAAAAAUUGUUAAGUACAGUUAUCUAAUUCUACAGCAAAGCAUUACGAGAAAUCAAAGAAAGAAUAAUGAAUGAGGGCUAGGCAUGAACACAGUUCACCGAAACUAUCAGUAUGGACGUAUUCAGUUGACUUUCCGUUGAGUUUUUAAUGGGUUCUUAUAAACGUUAACCGGAGGCAUACACUUACACACAAAACCGAGACAAACACACACAUACACACACAGAUAGAGAAAUACCAUGAGCGAAUGAGUUCUAGUAGUGAAAAGUACAGCAAACAGUGGAUAACAUUUAAUAGCAAUCGCCCCCGCCACAGAAUCGAAUAAGAACAAAAAAAACACACACACAUACACACAAUUGUAACGGAUAACAAAGUAAAAUAAUUAAAAAAAAUAGUUCAAGCAAAAAAUAAACCACCAUAGGUUAAGUUCCGACUGUAGCGAGUGUUUGAAAGUGAAACACACAAAUGCGGAACGAACCAACCGGAGGAAAAGGGAAAAAAAAUCUCGAAGCCUAACGAUAGGCACGCACAUAAGUAAUGGUUAUAUUGUAAUACAGACAUUUACGUACACUAGACGAAAAAAAAACAAACACACACACAUACAUUCAUACGAAAGCCGAAUCAUUGAAAAAAUAGAUUGGUAACAAACCAGUACUACACAAUUACAAUGUAGCACGUUAAGGCGAAACGAAUUACAAAUAAACAGCAAAAAAAAAACAGAACAAACAUGGAAAACAAGUAAUCGAGUUCAAGAGCAAACAAUGGGAUGAAAAAUCACAGUAAAUCCUGAACUUUUUAGUUUGUAGAGCUGUUUGUUAACUAUGUUCAGUGAAUAAGAGGAGAAAAAAAUAAAAAAAAGUAUAUAUAUACGAUGUAUUAGUAGGAAUUUACUCUGAUUGAAAAUUGUUGCAAGUCGGAUCCACGGAAGAGUAGAUUAAUAUUAAACAAAUAGGAAAAAAAAAUAAAUGAGAGAAACUCACCCAACACAUACUUAAGAAAAGAAAAAAAAAAAAGUCUAUAUCUAAGCAUUAAUCUGGAAAAAAACUAGGAAAUUAAACAAGUAAACAAGUGACAGGUGGCAAAAAAAAAGAUACACGAACUACUAGGGAAAAGUGAUCCAAUCCGAGAAGAAGCAGUUGAGAAGAUCAAACAACUAAAAGUAAACAAAAACCCAAAAAAAAAACAACUGGAGAAACUAAGAGAUCUUUGUUUUUCGUCGAAUUGAGGCUAAUUUGUAUAUAAUUUCAUCGCUUCUGUAUACUUUUAAACAAUGCUGUUCAUAUUUAGGAAGGUAACCAACAACAAUGCCAACCGAAGAGUAAGAAGAAGAAGAAGAAGAAGAAAAACAAAGUGGAUAGUUGAAAGUGGAAAACUAAGAUUAAAGAGAAUAACAUGAGAGAAAAAUAA